AUGUUUCUCCAAGGCAAUGCCACUGGGGCGGGCGCCAACACAACUGAACUUGCGCGCAAUCAACACCCCGGCCUUGAGGAAGAUGUCAUGGACGUUACCGAGGGCCAUGAGGGCAAUGGUAGCAGGGGUGGUGUGGCCACUUCUAACCUUUUUGGGCAAGUUCCCGAAGAACUGAUGAGGAGAUUGAGCUUGGAUGACGAUGCUAGUUCCCUGGUUCGACAACUCAGCGAGGUUCGGCCCGAAGACCAAUGGAUUGUGUCUAUUGCCCUCCUGGUGGCCAACCUCUCCGGUGCUCACCUCAUACAAGGUGAGCCGGCCAGGCCACGCGAGAUUGCUGGUGCUGUUGAGGUGGUCCCUGGACCCUUCAAUUAUGUUCAAACCAUACGUACCUUCCUGCGUCGUAGGAUUCGUGAUCUUCUCACAGUUGGCAAUCUCGAAGCCUAUAGUCGUACUCAUACCACGGGUGGCCUUCCGAUUGCUUCCACCCCCCUUGUUCUACUUUCACGACAGCUUGGUGACCAACCAGACGACUUCAAAGAGGAUUACCUCCCACCUGGCUGGCCGGACGAUGAAGUGGCCAACCAAAGCGUGCUCGGAUUGCUGAGGUCGCUUGUGAAGCACGAGCGUGGAAGUCUGCGUAAUCUUCUGUUGACUAAUAUCAAAGAGUUCAACCAUCGGGCCAUUGAUGGCCCUGUCCCCAAACUUGGGGAUUUGAUACUGGUCAUUGACCGAAUCAUGGGCUCGCGAGACCACCUUCGACCCGCCAACCAGAUUUUAGGGGCGUACACCAGCACCAUGAAGGUCAGAUUAGCCUAUAUUCGACUUGAAGUGGUUCAUCACUAUCUCAACCCCGACCCGGCCACCAAUUUGAGUCAGUGGGAUAUAAUUGAUCGUCGACUCGAAUUCCUUCGAAGGCAGAGCCUCAAUUACAAACAAGCAUAUGCACGACUCAUCAUCAAAACUGAUCGUGAGCUUUUUGGUGAUUUUGAGUUCCGCGACAUUCCAAGGGAUGCAAUUGUCCUCCCAUCCGAAAGCCAAGUUCAACAAGAAAUCGGGGCAGCCAACCAUGUGGGGCCUGUCGGUAACGGAGCAAACGAGACCAUGGUGGUGGAUCAAGACGUCUUUAUGUAA